AUGGCCCAAUCUCCCCUUGUUGCGGCUUCUACAGGUCGACUCUUUUUCCUCGACGUUGGCCUUUCAACAUAUCCAGAACCCAUUGGCCGCAUUCUCACUUGCCAACCGGAUGGUUCUGGUCUCCGUGAGCUGAUUACCAAUAUCAGCAGUCUCCCCGAUGGAAUCGCCAUUGACAAGGCUCGCCAGCAUAUAUAUUGGACAAAUAUGGGAGUCCCUUCCGCCAACGACGGGUCCAUACAACGUUGUGAUUUAUCUGGUAGGAAUAUUGUGACGAUCAUCCCACCAGGCCAGACACAUACGCCGAAGCAGAUGAUUAUUGCGCCGAAGUCAAAAAAGCUGUACUGGUCAGACCGAGAAGGAAUGAGAGUUAUGAGGGCCAAUAUGGAUGGUAGUGACAUUGAGGUGCUUCACCAGGCUGGCAUCACCGAUACAGACAGACAGGAUGCGCAGAACUGGUGUGUCGGCAUUGCUGUGGACGAGGAGUCUAAGUCUAUCUUUUGGACGCAGAAAGGACCGUCGAAGGGGAACAAAGGACGGAUUUUCAGAAUGGGUCUCGAAAAAAAUGACGCAGAUAUCCAGAUCCUUCUGGAUAAUCUUCCGGAGCCUAUCGACUUGGAAUUAGAUCAAGUCUCUGGAACAUUGUACUGGACUGAUCGUGGUGAUCCACCACAGGGUAACACUGUAAAUUCAGUCGCCCUUGCGGAUGUGUCAGCGAAAAACUUGCAGCCGAAGGUCUUGGUUCGCAAGCUUCAUGAAGGGAUUGGACUUGCCUUGGACUUGAAGAAUAGCCGUAUGUUUUUCGGCGAUCUUGGAGGCUCUCUGUAUAGUGCCAAUAUGGACGGGUCCUGCAAGCACACUAUUUCCCCUGAUAUUGGAGGUGCGAUUACGGGGAUAGCCUAUGUUGAAGAGUAG